AUGUCGGGAUGCCCCCACAGCCAGAAAGGCGCUGGCUGUGGCCAUGCCUACCAACUCGGGGUCAAACUCGGGUUGGCGGUAGCAUUGAAUUUGAGCGAAUACAAGUCACAGUGUGCGGUGUGCAAAGGACCAGCUGUAUGCUGUUGCCUAGAAUGUAACCGAGUUGCGUGCAUUGACCAUGCAAAGCACACACAUCCACUUUCCAUCUGUUUGAUUGGCGCCGGGAGUCUAUAUUGUGGCGAAUGUGGGGAUUUCAUUGUGGAUCCGUACUUUGAGCGGCUGCGGAUGAAGCAGGUCCGUCAAGUUUUGGCCGGUGAAGCCGCUUCCGGACAAGUCGCUAACGGUGUGGCCAAUGGAUCUGCGAACAGAUCAUCCAAUGGGGCGCCGAAUGGAUUGGUAAACGGUAAUGGACAGUCAAAAGGCGAUGCAGCUAUACCACCAUUUACGGCCGUCGCUGGUCUUCGCGGUGUUUACAACAUGGGCGCAACUUGUUACAUGGCCGUGAUUCUGCAGUCGAUGGUGCACAAUCCUAUUCUGAAGGGGUUCUUUUUGGCAGGCGGACAUGAGUCUGGAGAAUGCAAGCGCGAAUGGUGCGUCAUGUGCUGUGUCGAUCGGCUUUUUUGCGAAUUUUUCAGCUCCCCCCAAGUGUCUGGAUACGGUAUCGCUGAUCUGUUAACUGCGACGGCAAAAUCAGACAAACCUAUGAUGACGGGCAGUACGCAACAAGACGCACACGAGUUUCUGCAGUUUCUGUUGGACGAGUUCCACAAGGCACACUUUGUGUCGACCACCUUCAGCCAUGCGACCGAGGUAGCAGGAGGGGGCUCGAAUGCCACAACCUGUCCCUGCCCGGCUCACCGUGCAUUCGGCGGUACCAUUGAAAGCACGCUGGCGUGCGAGUGCACGUAUGAGACCAAAACUUUCGAACCGAUUAUGGACCUGAGUCUCGAGCUCACGGGCCGCAGCCUCCGCACCUGCCUGGACCGAUUCACGGCCGGAGAAAAACUAUCGCAUUACACCUGCUCAGCAUGCAAACAAACAGGAACUGUCACAAAACGUCUCAUGGUAGAAAAACUACCACCGGUACUGCAAAUACAGUUAAAACGCUUCAAGCAUACGGUGGACGGAGCAGCGCAAAAAUUGGAGUCCCCAAUCGAAUUCCCGUUCCAGCUUGAUGUCACCCCAUACACAACAAAUCCAGGAGGUCGGCCGCUGCUUUACGAACUCUACGGCGUCAUCUGCCAUCAGGGAUCACUGGACACUGGCCAUUACACUUGCAUGAUGAAGCACUCCUCGGGCGCUUGGUACCAUUUCAACGACGAUAUGGUCACCAAGGUCUCGCCCAAAAACGUGGUCUCAUUGAAUGCCUAUCUCUUAUUCUAUAUUGUCAAAUAUACGCUCUAG